GACAGGGAUUUUUUCUGCUCCUGCUUGCUUUGGUGUUCGCGCUUGCAUUCCAGCUCCGAACCGCCUCGUUUUAGUUUUCUCUCGAGGACUCCGGCUGCGGACCGCUCCUUGGACUACAAGUUCGGACCGACUUCUGCAAAAAAUGCGGUCUUACGAAUGAAGUUUUUACAUUUAUAUUUAUGGCAGUUUUUAGCAGCAUUUCAAGUUUCCUACUGUCUCCGACUGUUAUUUCUUCGCAUACCUGAAAGUCGACCUGAAGGGAAAGAUGUGAUAUUAACUUGCGAAUUCGAUCUGGAAGGCGAUAUUCUAUACACUAUUAAGUGGUUUCACAAUGACCAGGAAUUCUUCAGAUUUUCGCCCAGUGAAGAACCUAGUACAAUGUUUUUUCCUAGCCGUGGAAUAAAAUUAGAUCUGAAUCAAACUACGAAUACAUCAGUCGUAUUACGAGAUUUGGAGCUUACUUCAACAGGCAUGUUUCGCUGCGAAGUUUUAACAGAUGCUCCACAUUUCCAGACGGUAACAGCGGAAGCAUUCAUGGUUGUCGGAGAAUUCUACAGUGGAGCUUAUCGAGAAAUCAGUCAAUCAUUCUGCUUCAUUGUUAUUUUAUUCAUUAUUUAUUAUUUAUGAUAUUAAAUAAAAAAAUCCUAUUUCUGGAAAUGAAUGUUGAAA